UUUCUUACAAAUGCAAACUGUAUGCACUCAUUUGUAUAGUUUGAUUACAUCUAUGUUUGUUGUUUUGUUAUAUUUGUGACGUUCAUGUGUCAAGGAUUUAUCGUUUUUCUUAAUUUCUAAAAAGUUUACUGUUAGAUUAUUGUGCUGUUGCACGACAAAAUGGUGUUGUGGGGUAUCUAGGCAAGGGGAGAAUAUUUGCAAAGUUCCACUUUAAAGGACCGAAAAUAAUAAUGGCAACGGUGGAAUACGAUCUUGAUACUUCUGGAGGAUUAAUGGAGCAAAUUCAAAAGCUCGUUGCUCCUCCAGUAAGUGAUGAAGUCCUGCGUCGUCAGAGAAGAAAAGAAAGGGAGAGUAGAAGACAGGGUCGGGCUGUAAAUCAUGAUAGCUGUGACAGCUGUAAAGAGGGAGGAGAUUUACUCUGUUGUGAUUGGUGUCCAGCAGCUUUUCAUUUACAGUGCCAUGAUCCUCCACUAGAAGAGGAUGAUGUCCCACCUGGUGAAUGGCGAUGUCAUCGGUGUAAGGUGUCCCCACCCAAACCAGAGCCACCUAAAGAAAAAGAUGAUGAUGCAUCUUCAACCAAAAGCAAUAGCAGCAAUACGAGUCGUGGGAAAUCUCGGCCACAGCCCCCUAUCCCCGUCAUUGAGGAGAUUUUACUUGAGACACCCACAACAGAACAUUUGACGCCUUUACAGAAGUUGGCCAGAGCCGCCCAACUAAUGAACCCAGUCCAGUUUGAUUUACCCAGAGACAUAGCUUGCACUACACCACUGCCUGGAUCUAGUAAAAGGAAAUGGUGGGGCAGAGAGAGAAAUCCUAAUAAGAAGUUUGCUCAUGAAUUAGAUAAUGGCUUAGUUCCACUGCCAGCAAAGCUCUGCUUUUACUGCAGCAAGAGCUGUCGUGUUGGGGCCCUGAUUCAGUGUGAUUACUGCCCCUUACUUUAUCAUCUGGACUGCCUUAAUCCUCCCCUGGCCUCUCUACCUACCAAUCGAUGGAUGUGUCCAAACCACCCAGAAAACGUUAUAGAUGAACAUUUGUUGAAAAGUGUUGGGCUCACUGAGCGCAUAAAAUUAUGGAACAAGUUCAAUAAUCGCAUCAGUCAGCAUACCGUCAAACUCAACUUCCUAAACAAGGUCCACAGAGAGAGUCCACCAUUUAGGAUCAAAGUCAAACAUCCGAAGCGCAAAUCAUUAGCGAUUCCAGAAGCAAUCAAACUUCAUUAUCAAAACCCCUCACCCUUACUGCCUCGUGUUACGGAUUCCAGCACGACAGCGGUAGUGGAAACUGACGAGAAGCCAGUCCCGGACACUACACUGGAAGAUCAGGAGGAGUGGUUGUCAGCAGUUGUAUCAUUACAAACCAGUAUAGCAAGACAUUUAGCUCAAAAACAGAUACAGAAGUCCUCAUCAGAUUCUGGUAAAACAGAACAGAGUGUCAAAACGGAGAAACCUACAGCCUCUGUGCAACCUGUGAUACAGGGCAGUGACUCGCAGCCCAGUGAAGGGGGCGUGUGUGAUUCUAAAGUGACUAAUAUGGAGGUAGACAAACCCCUUAAUGGUCCCCUUACAGACGCUAUUUCAAAUGGACCUUUAGAAGGAAACCGAGGGGGUGCAAUCUCCUUAUUACAUCCCCCAGGCCCCUCCUCACAAAGUUCUGUGAAUGGUGAAGUGGGGGAAUCCAGUAAGAGUAAAUCGGAGACUGUUUUAAUCAAAUCCAGGAGUAAAAGUGUUGAUGGAUCUCCAGCCAACAUAGUGAGGGUGAACUGGGCAUCCGUGGACAAACAGACCACCUCAGGGCCAUCUACUUCUACUACUCCAUCGGGUAAAAACAUUGUCAUUAGUGCUAUCAACAAAGCCAACAAUACUGUAGUCACAAAAGUGUUAGGUCCCACUCAGGGCAACAAACUCCUAGCAAACAAUACAUUGGCAGCUAAUAGUGGCAGCAGUUCCACGUCAAUCCUGUCUCCGCGCGUGUCUGGACAGUCAGCAAUUAAAGUGGCCAGCGUACAGGGCAGGACUAACACAGUAGGCUCCACGGCUAAAGUCAUCACUGUCUCCACACCUACCACUGGUAAAAGUGGAGCCUCCUCCAAUAGCAAUAUUACGAUCUCAGGUGGCAAACCAUCUUCCACAACUGGCAGCCAGAACUCAUCCAAUGCCAUUGUCUCCCUAAAUAACUCACUCCAACAAUGUCUAGAGGGAACAGGUGAUAUAGAACUGAGUAAAUUGGACGAGAAAUUGAUUCAGAUCCUGGCCUGGCAGAGACUUCAGCAGCUAUUACCCUCCAAGUCCAGCUCUCCACAGACCCCAAACAAGAAGGGGGUGUUAAAUGGACUGCUCAACCAAGCAGGUAGCACUGAGGUCAAAGCUCGAGCAGUCCUUUGUCCACUGACCAGCAAAGGUCAGCCAAUAUCCAUGUGUUAUAGAACCCUCAAUAUUGGAACAGGUGCAGACAUGGAUGUGUGUUUGACCCAGUUUGGACACUGCAAUUAUAUUUCUCCCAAACAUGCAUAUGUGUUUUAUGAUGAGACAACCAAACACUACGAGCUUUUGAACUACAGUGAGCAUGGAACAACAGUGGACAAUGUCCUGUACUCAUGUGACUUCAGUGACAAGCCUUCAUCUACACCGCAGCCCACUUCUGUCGUAGCAGCUGUCCGCAAAAUCAUCAAGAAUAAGAAAGUGGAGAAACCCAAAGAUGAAGAGGUGAAGGAAGAAAAACGCUUAACAAUGAGUGGCAAAGCUAAUGAGAACAAGAAGCCUUGUAAUUGUAAGGCUAGCAGCUCAAGUCUGAUUGGAGGAAGUGGUGCAGGAUGGGAAGGAACAGCACUAUUGCAUCAUGGGAGCUAUAUCAAAGUUGGUUGUCUUCAGUUUGUGUUUAGCAUUGUGGACCAUGCCACUAAUUCUAUAGGACAGGAAAGGAAGAAAGAACCUAUGUCAUUACUUAAGUCCACUCUCCGAGGAUCAGUCCCAUAGAUUUCAUGUGAUUAUUUAGGAGAAUUUUUAUAUGAUAAAUUGUAAUUAGCUCAAACCUGAGUAUUAAAUUAAUAAGGAGUUUAUAUAAUGUAAGAUUUAAAGAGGUAUUUAGAUUUAUAGAGAAAAGGAGGUUGUAUUUUAUUGGUGGAUUUAUUUUUUCCUAAGGGCUUUGUUUAGAGUCUGGCCAGUACUUAAAAAUUGCAAAAACAAAAAGUCAGUGUGUCACAACUUCCUAUGUGUGUUAAUGUAACUGUCUGUAACUUAUCUUUGUAUGGGUUGUUUUCAGUCUUUCUUAAGGAGUUGUCUUUGAUAUAUUAGUAUAAAUCCUGUUUACCUUUAGUACCUAUUGCAAUAAAUCAAAGUUAAGCAGGAAGUGAGAUUUAUUGAGAGAUCUGAUUCUUCCUCAAAUUAGAAUUACUUAUAAAAUGAAAAGUCAGUUUAAUCACAGUAGUUAUAGAUUUUUAAUAAUUUAUCUGUUCAAGGUUUUGUAUCACAGAAGAUUUAUACUUGAAAUUCUGAAAAAGUCCUUGCGUAAAGUGUAGGAGCUCACACGUCAAAAUACUACCCUCCCAUUCUCCACUAGCCAGCAUUAUAUAGGGCAGCUGAUUCACUUUAUCCCCCUCGCUGUAAAUAUCAUCAGAACGGGGUAACUCAGGGUUGUCAUCAAGUCCACAGAAUGUGGGAUGUAACCGUUUAUAAAAUUUAAUUCCAUUGAUUGUUAAAGAAUGUUUCUUUGUAAUGAAGCUAAUUAUGAUUCUGAUUUUAAUGAAUCUUUUACAUAGCAUUUCAUCACGAAAUAAUGAACUUCGGUAAUUAUUUUAAAAGAAACUACAGGUAUAGGAAUGUGAGAUCAUUAUUUGCAAAUUAAAACAAGUUCAAGGAUUGUGUAUACACGUAUUUAAUAAAAGGAAAAAUAUGUAAGUCAUUUGGUGAAAUAAACUGUCUAACAUCUCGAUUUCAGUAAGGAUAUUUAUGGAGGUAAAACAAAGUUAGGUAUUUGUCACUAAGAAGAACAAUAUGAAUAUUAAUAUUAAAACUUGACAUUAUUGAGACACCAUUUAAUAAAGUCCUUUAAAUGUACCAGUACUUUAUUUAUCUAAGAUGUACAUUUUUCAUCGUGGUCAUGUUUAAAACAUGAUUUGGUUUAUCUUCACUAUGUGUAAUGAUUGUGAAAAAGAACCCAGAGAUUUAUAAAGAUUGAAAAGGCUUGUAUUGAGAACAAGUUUGACUUGUUAAAGUUGUGCAACUGCUGAAAAAUCAACCCUAUAGCUUUAAUGGUUUAUGACCCUCAACUAUAAAUCCCAAGUGAGAUAUUCUUUAUAUAUCCUAUCUUUGUUUAUGAUUGUUUUUACAUUGUUUUUGAAUUUAAUUAGGAUUAUUUAUUGUCAUUUAUACAAUGCAUUGUUUUGUUAUGAUAUUUGCAUUCAGUGCAAGUAUAUGUAGAGGAAAAUGAUAUUUUUAGUUGUCAGAAUUUGUACAUAAUAAAAUCAAUCUUAGGAAUAACAUUAUUUUAACCAUUCUGUAAAAAUUAGCCUGUACAUUUCAACCAGACAUAUUGUGUAAAUACUUGUACUUUGCCUAAAAUAUUUAUGCAUGAAGCAAAAUCAUGUCUUUUGUAAAUAUUGCGCAGAAAAUUCUGUUAUAAAUUUUUAGUCAUUAAGCAUAUUUUAGAAGGUAACCUUGGUUACAAUAAAAUUGUGUCAAUUUAA